UGCGCAUGCGCAGCGUGACCCGCGGGUGGGCGGAGCUGGUCGGGAUGAGUGGCGGAGGGACGGAGACCCCCACGGGUUGUGAGGCCCCCUCGGGCGGCGGCGGCGGCGGUGGCAGGAAGAGGGACUCACUGGGGACCACAAGCUCGCCAGCGUACCUCAUUAUCAAGGAUCUUGGAGAAAUUCAUUCAAGGCUUUUAGAUCACAGACCAGUCAUCCAAGGUGAAACCCGUUAUUUUGUGAAAGAAUUUGAGGAGAAACGUGGUCUUCGAGAAAUGCGAGCGCUUGAAAACUUGAAGAACAUGAUCCAUGAAACAAAUGAACACACUCUCCCCACAUGUACAGAAACCAUGGAAGACAGCUUGAGCCACGUUCUCCAGAGAUUGCAAGCAGCUACUGCCUCGGUCUGUAGACUCCAACAGAGGGAACAGGAGCGGAAAAAGGUUCAUAAUGACCAUUUAGUAGCUAGUGAAAAACAGCACAUAAUGCAGUGGGAGGAUUUCAUGAAAGAACAACACAGCAAACAGGCAGACGUGGACGAAGAACACAGAAAGGCCAUGGAGAAGCUUAAAGAGCAGUAUGCUGAGAUGGAGAAGGACCUGGCAAAGUUUUCAACCUUCUGAGAACUUGAACCAUGAAAACGAGACACUCAUGAGAAAACCUUGACUUCCUCCCCCAAAGAACUGCUCCCACCAAACUGUUUAGCCUCUGCUUCGAACUUAGCAAUAUUAUUCAGUGGCACUCCAUCAGCAGAGAGAAGCUUCUCCUGGAGUCUCAUGUAAAUGUUUGCCACCUCUUUCCAGUGUAAGUGCCUCCAUGUCAUGAUUGGAGAGGGGGGAGCCGGAGGAAGGCGGUAUAAAUGUGCUCUUUGUGACAAGGACGGGUCUCCGUUUCCACUGGUUGUUAUCGCCGAGAACUGUGAGUACAGACUUCUUGGAAGAGUACUUUUUUCCUUUUUUUUUGCCAUUUCUUGGUCCGCUCCCCUGGCAUAUGGAGGUUCCCAGGCUAGGGGUCGAAUCGGAGCUGUAGCCACCGGCCUACGCCAGAGCCACAGCAACGCAGGAUCCGAGCCGUGUCUGCAACCUACACCACAGCUCACGGCAACGCCGGAUCGUUAACCCACUGAGCAAGGGCAGGGACCGAACCCGCAACCUCAUGGUUCCUAGUCGGAUUCGUUAACCACUGCACCACGACAGGAACUCCAGGGAAGAGUACUCUUAUUCAUCCCAUGCUGGGUUAAUGUUAGUGUGUUGUCAUGGCUGGAAGGCGGAUACGAGGGCUGCCUGUCAGAGCCGCCUCGGCUGCUGGAGGAGUGGGUACCGCAUUGCUCCAGGAACGGUGUAGGCAAACACACCUGUCCUGGGAGCAGAGACCACACUGGAGCGAGAGGCGAGUCCAAACCUUGUCUCUGCUGUGCGGAGAGAGCCGUGCCGGUCUUUGAACGGCCGCUCGGGUGGGGGUGCAGGCUUCGCUGCGCCGUAGUCCUGGGGUUCACUGAUGACAAGACACACUAGGUAAGGGCUGGCCUUCUAGCACGUCCUAUUUUCAGCUUUGAAAACAUGCGUACAAGAAAAAGCUUACCAAAGCUUUAGUUGACUUUAGUCUUUCCAAGACCCAUAACCUUGCCCAUAGUAUUUACCUCAUGUCGUGUCUGUUUUGCUGUGGGUGAGCUUUGGAAGAUAAAUAAUGUCUAUACAUGUUUCAACUGUUUAAUGAGUAAUCAGCUAACUCUGCCAGGGAGUCCCUGUGGAACCAUAUAAAAAUCCUGGCUCUGAGUAAACCAGAAGUAUUUGCCCACAUGGCAGACAAUCCACGGUAAAUGUAAAUGCUUUUUAGUGUUUGACGUCUGUUCUCGUAAGCAGGUGUAUUAUGAUGAAACGUGUACCAAUUCUGUCAUCACUGUGAUCUUUAAAAAUCUACAUUUAACUGUCUAAUUGAGGAACUGAGUUGACUUUUUGUUUGCCAUAAACCAAGCAAAAUUAAAUGCAAUAAUUUCAAGAGAUUUAUGGCACAGGAGUUUGAGGUAUGGAUAAAUCUUAUUUUUUUAUUGCUCUUCAGUAAAGAAAGGCUCAAGAGAGAAAACACCCAGCUCUGGUGUUAUCUCAGCGUUGCUACUGCAGAACAGCGACAGUGCUUGCUUGUGUAAAUUUAUGGCUUACUGUCAAAGCUUCAUUCUUGGCUGCAUGUUGAAAAUGUGAUUAAAGUUAAUAGAGGAGA